UAUUUUAGCUAUAGUAGUGGCUAUAGUGGCGCGAGGUUCUUUCCCGAGGCCAGUCCUAGUCCCAGAGUCUCUCUCUUUAUAAAAUCGUCGCGAAAGAAAAAGGGGUCGUACGCACGCAUAUUCCAAAGACCACAAAAAAAAAAAAAAAGAAAAAACUAAAAGGAAACGAUAGAAAGAGAGAGAGAGAGAGAGAAAGAGAGAGAAAGAGAGAGAGAGAGAGAGAGAUCAAAGGAACCACUGACAACAGCAUUGAUUUAAUAACUGGACAUAGAUGAAGGAAUAGAGGAAGAAUAAGAAGAAAGUAGAUAAUAAAAGGACAAGUAAGAAAAUAAUAAAAAGAAGAUAAAGAAAGGAGACAGACAGACGGACAGGCAGACAGACAGAUAGAUAGAUAGAGUGCAAAAAGGGCUGGAUUGUCAAAAGAUACAUUCAACUAUUUCCCUUGAUUAAUUGCAAUUAAAGAGAAGACCAGCGUAAUCAAUCUCUGAUUGUGCGAGAUUCAUCGUUGUCUUUCCCUUUUUAAAAGUGGGUGAAAAACUAACAUAAGUGCAAACGAGUCGUCUGCUGAAUCCUUGACGUCAGAAGCACUCAGUCAGCCCCGUGUGCCGUUCAAGGAUACACAUCGUCUUCUUUAAAAGAUGGCGAGCCAAGAUCCAAAGUGGCAAAAGGAUGCCGCGGAUCAGAACUUUGAUUACAUGUUCAAACUUUUAAUAAUCGGCAAUUCGUCGGUCGGUAAAACGUCAUUUCUCUUCCGUUAUGCGGACGAUUCUUUCACCUCGGCCUUCGUGUCGACCGUGGGAAUCGACUUUAAAGUGAAAACCGUCUUCAGAAACGAUAAAAGGGUCAAGCUACAAAUCUGGGACACGGCUGGUCAAGAAAGAUACAGAACGAUUACAACGGCCUAUUACAGAGGUGCAAUGGGCUUUAUCCUGAUGUAUGACAUCACGAACGAGGAAUCGUUCAAUUCGGUUCAAGACUGGGUUACGCAGAUAAAGACCUACUCGUGGGACAAUGCCCAGGUAAUCCUCGUGGGCAACAAGUGCGACAUGGGAGACGAGAGGGUGAUCAGCUUUGAAAGGGGUAAACAAUUGGCAGAUCAAUUAGGAGUCCAAUUUUUUGAGACAUCUGCUAAGGAGAACAUUCAAGUCAAGGCGGUCUUUGAACAACUGGUUGACAUAAUAUGCGACAAGAUGAGCGAAUCGUUGGACAAUGAUCCAACAUUGAUGGCAGGUGGUGCGGGCCAGGCCAAAGGUCAACGACUUACCGAUCAGCCGACCAACCCAUCGAACACUAACUGCAAUUGCUAAGAAGAGAUAGAAAACGAAUGAUAAUGAUGAUGAUGAUGAUGAUGAUA